AUGGACAACAAAUAUCCAGCUGACUCAUUUACUAGUCAAGACGCAUUUACACCGGAAAUUUCGGAAAAUCUGUCAGUUACAUUGGAUUACAUCCCCGAUCGUGGCCCGCUUCUUUGGUCUCGGUGGAUUCUCAUCCUGCUUUGUCUCGUACAAUUAGCCUCUGCCUUCGCCGUAAUUGGAUGCCACGUGGUGGACUUUUCAGAGGACACAAAAUUAGAGGUUGGCAUUUCAUUCGGUCUGCUCCUCUUCGGGAAUAUUUUCGCGACGGGCAUCGUCACUCUGGUCUUGUUCUAUCGUCGGUGGAGGCAGGCGGCUGCGACGCCUCGCUCGAAGGCGGCCGAGGAGAACCACGAGGCGUGGAUAUGCACGCGAGCUGCCCUCUCGCUCGUCGGCAUGGCCCCCAUUGCAAGAUACGUGGAGUUGUUCGCCAUCUACAGACGCCUUUCUACAAUGGAAAGCUUGUACCUCAAGGAACCAACACCUCCAUCACUCGGGCCUACCUUCCAGUAUAGAAUACCCAAGCAAGAAAUGAUGUCGAACGCCUCGGCAUUCUCCAUGUCCUCGGAAAAUCGACGCAGUAAGUGGAGUAACGUGGGACGAGUUGUUGCCGCGGUCACUGCCCUGCCACAAGUGGCUGGUGCCUCUGAAACGAGUGAUUUAGCCAAGCAGCUGCGGAAAUUACGUCGCCUGCGUCGGCUGUUUGUGCAGUUGGAUUUUGACGCUUGUGUGGUUGCGCUAGCGAAUGCUUCCCUCGGGGCUGGUCCGUUCGCAAUCGCCCAAGGCGUGCUCUACAUGCGGCGUCUCAUGCUUAAUCGCAUGAUGCCCUUAUCCACGUCUGGUGCAAUCUUAGCUUCUUACAUCUUCUCCUUCCUAUGGUUGGCCUCAGCCGCUUGUCAGUUCCAACCAGAUGCCCAUUACUUUUCCCCCACGGACCUGCUUCGCAGUGGAAUUCGUGAGAAGCACGUCUCGGCGGGGGGACGUGUUCUCAUGUUCUUCGCGCGCUCCUUCCACAUUUUUAUGCGACUUCUCGCCCUAAUGCUCUUCGUCUCCCUCUUUGGCUGGCUCGUGGCAGCCGUGCUGGGCAUUCACUGCGCCAUUUACCUCGUCAGUCUGUUGGUGUACCGCGGCAGCAGAGGUGUGCUCUCCACCGCCUACAAAGCGAACCCGCAGUACCGAAGGCCAUUUGAAGAAAGACUAAAGUCCAAAGGUAUCCUCAAGCACCUUGGUGGGGAUCUCCUUUAUACGUACGCCAGCAUCUUCGACUUCUUCAAUGGCAGUGCAGGCAAAACGCGUCUACGCUCGAUGAUCUACUACACCAUCUUCUACCUCGAAAACUCCGUAAUGGUUGGGGCCUGGUACGCAAAGUUUCCAUUCACCGCUUCCUGGUACUACCUGCCCGCGCUCUUGGUCGUAGUAACCGUUCAAUGGGUCGGCGCGAUUUUCCUGCAGCUCUACUUUUUCUACUUCUCAAACUCGCCUCGUGGGACGUCCUUGUGUGGUCUCUGCUGUCCUGACGAGCUGCGCGGUCCUGUCCCACUGCGGUACACACCUCCCUCCUCAAACCAGGCUGCGCCAGUGCAGAAGGCUCAGCCCAUGCCCUCCCCCCCAGUGGACUAUCCAGUCUUGGUUCUUGGCAGCGGCCCCAACCACACCUCUCUGUAUUCCAGAAGAAUGUCCGCUCGACAGAGCCUCGAGUCACCCUCACCAGCUCCACCUUCAAGGACUGACUCCUUCACUGCUGUCACCUCUGAGGCUCCCAGGAAGCCUCGUUCGCGUUUCCUCUACGUCCGGGAUCCGGUGGAAGAAGAACAGAACGACAAUUCAUCAGACGGUUAUGUUGACAAGCAGGAUGGAGAAGAGGAGUGGCGGGGGUGGGAGGAAGGAGAAUUAGGCGGCGCUUCCAAGACGGCGUUCAUGUGA